GUCGGAAUUAUACAGCGGCGCACGCGGAUAUGGCUGCUCUGGUAGUGAGAAGUGUUCGGGACCUGUUGAAGCGUGCGGACUUCGCGAAGGUCCCGCGGAGACACCGACAUAAGAAGAAAUGGGUUUCUGUGAGUUCUCCUUUUCCCACCUUCCUGGGGUACUCUCCCCAAAUGACCCUCAACCCUGUGAUUGAAUUAUGGUGUCGGCCACUGCAUGACCUUAGGCUGCUACAGAGCCCAAAUUUCCUGCCACUCGACUAGCUCUGCAGAAUUUUGACAUGACCUACAGUAUGCAGUUUGGGGAACUUUGGCCAUCAAUCCGGGUCAGUCUCCUCUCAGAGCAAAAGUAUGGUGCACUAGUCAAUAAUUUUGGUGCCUGGGAUCAUGUGAGUGCUGAGCUGGAGCAGCUGAAUGCCAGGGACUUUGUGAAUAAAGCCCACGCCCGUGGGGAACAGGAGCCUGAGAGCAGCCAAACUGCAGCUCCAUCCCCAGCUUCCUGGGCCUGCAGUCCAAACCUUCGAUGCUUCACUUUUACCAGAGGGGAUGUCAGCCGUUUCCCUCCUGCCAGGCUUGGCAGCCUGGGUGUCAUGGACUACUACCUGAUGGAUGCUGCUUCCUUGCUGCCUGUCCUGGCUCUUGGCCUGCAGCCUGGCGACACCGUGCUGGAUCUAUGUGCAGCUCCUGGGGGAAAGACACUAGCGUUGCUUCAAACUGGCUGUUGCCGCAAUCUCGCUGCCAAUGAUCUCUCCACUUCCCGAACAGGCAGACUACAGAAGAUACUUUACAGCUAUGUACCUCAAGAUAUCAGGGAUAGGAGUCGAGUUCGAGUCACCUCAUGGGAUGGCAGGAAGUGGGGAGAACUGGAGGGGGACACCUAUGACCGGGUGCUGGUGGAUGUGCCCUGUACCACAGACCGCCACUCCCUUCAUGAGGAGGAGAACAACAUUUUUCAGCGAUCGAGGAAGAAGGAGCGGCAGAUAUUGCCUAUGCUACAGGUGCAGCUUCUCGCGGCUGGACUCCUUGCCACCAAACCAGGAGGCUACGUUGUCUAUUCCACCUGCUCACUCUCACACUUACAGAACGAGUAUGUGGUGCAAGGUGCCAUCGAGCUUCUGGCCAAUCAAUAUAGCAUCGAAGUUCGGGUAGAAGACCUGAGUCACUUCCGAAAGCUUUUCAUGGACACAUUCUCUUUCUUUCCAUCCUGCCAGGUUGGAGAGCUGGUAAUCCCAAACCUCAUGGCCAAUUUUGGGCCUAUGUACUUUUGCAAAAUGUGUAGACUGACAUAGCAUCACCCUGUUCCUAAAGCCCUGGUGAAGGAAGACAAAGGGUGUACUCCAUGCAAGCACUGGAAACUGAGACCAGUGGCAAAGAUGCACUCUGGAUCCUAUGUCCAUCCUGUUCAAGUCUUUCUAUAGACAGUUUUCAGCAAUAGGAAGUAGGAGGUUUUCUGUCCUGCUGUCCAAUUGUGGAGCAUCAGCAGGUUUCUAACUCACCUAUUACACUCCACCCCCCACUUCCCAUCUCUAUAUACUAAAGGUUCCUACCCUGUUAGGGGCUUAGGAGGAGGAGCUGUGAGCAGGCCCACACUUUAAGCUGUAAACUUGGGAAGAAGCAUUUAACCAAUAAAAUUGUUGAAGCGCCAUAAAGCUGGGGCUGUCGUUGUGGGCCUCAUAUCAGUCCAGGUACUGUUAGUUCCCUUUGUACCAGCUGCUGCUACUGAGCACUAGCUCCCAGGUGCCUGAAGCCCAGGACCACAGCCUGGUGACAGGCCUCUGGUUACAGAGCCCCUCUUACACUUGAGAGUUCUGUGUGAUCAAUCUUCAGCAGUCAGUGGGCCCAAACAAAUCUACCUAUUUUCUCUAUAUGACCCAUGAUCUAAUUUAAGGAACAAGUAACUAAAAAUGUGAAGCCAGUGCAUAAUGAUCUGCUUAUUUACAGGGAGAAAGCUCACCUGAGCCGAAUAAUUCCAGCCAUUCUUCCUGCUAUUAACAGCACUGCUGUCCCGUUGUAGCUGGGGAAGCUGCUCUUCCAUAGGACUGUGAUAAUUUUUUGUGUGUUUCUUCUAUUGUUCAUUUCUCUAGCAAGAAUUCCUGGAGCUCAUGUAUGACAGGUAGCCAGGGAGCUACUGGAGAUGUAGCAGCUGGGAUUGUGAGGGAUAAGGAGGCCUCAUCCUUCGGAAUGGCAGCUCUCCUCCUUUGCUUUCUGAGCCCCUAGGAAUCUCCGAAUGUCUUGUUUUGGUAUAUUCUGUUUUGUUUUGCCUUGUUCCUGGUCUGUGACUGAGCUCUGGUGCCAUUUCUUUGGCAUACCUCAAAUCACUCAGAGCUCUUCUCCCAGCAUCAUAGGGCCUCACCUCACACGGUGUUUGUUUGGAAGCAAGUUUAUAUCAUUUACUGAUUGCAUGCUAGUUAAAUUGUUUUGUAACUUUAGCACAAAUAAUUCAGUCUUUCAAUGGCAGGGAUAUUAAAAAUUGCUUAUGGUCACUUGCA